GCUGGGAGGGGAGGGCGCACGGAGGCAAGGCCAGAUUUGAUCUUUUAAUCUUCGUUGGCCACAAUUAAAACAAACCCGAUCGUGGAGCGUCGCGAUCCCUUUGCAUAAAAACAUAUGGCUUUUGCUAUAAAAAUUAUGACUGCAAAACACCGGGCCAUUAAUAGCGUGCGGAGUGAUUUACGCGUUAUUGUUCUGCUGGGCGGGCACGUGACGCGCGCGGCCAAUGGGGGCGCGGGCGCCGGCAACUUAUUAGGUGACUGUACUUCCCCCCCUGGUGCCACCAAGUUGUUACAUGAAAUCUGCAGUUUCAUAAUUUCCUCGGGUCGGGCCGGCCGGCCGGGCGCGGGGCACAGCGAUGGCCACCACCGGGGCCCUGGGCAACUACUACGUGGACUCGUUCUUGCUGGGCGCCGACGCCGCGGACGAGCUGGGCGCGGGCCGCUAUGCGCCGGGGGCCCUGGGCCAGCCCCCCCGGCAGGCCGCGGCGCUGGCCGAGCACCCCGACUUCAGCCCGUGCAGCUUCCAGUCCAAGGCGGCGGUGUUCGGCGCCUCGUGGAACCCGGUGCACGCGGCGGGCGCCAACGCGGUGCCCGCGGCCGUGUAUCACCACCAUCACCACCCCUACGUGCACCCCCAGGCGCCCGUGGCGGCGGCCGCGCCGGACGGCAGGUACAUGCGCUCCUGGCUGGAGCCCACGCCCGGCGCGCUCUCCUUCGCGGGCUUGCCCUCCAGCCGGCCUUAUGGCAUUAAACCUGAACCGCUGUCGGCCAGAAGGGGUGACUGUCCCACGCUUGACACUCACACUUUGUCCCUGACUGACUAUGCUUGUGGUUCUCCUCCAGUUGAUAGAGAAAAACAGCCCAGCGAAGGCGCCUUCUCCGAAAACAAUGCUGAGAAUGAGAGCGGCGGAGACAAGCCCCCCAUCGAUCCCAGCAACCCGGCUGCCAACUGGCUCCACGCACGCUCUACACGGAAGAAGCGCUGCCCCUAUACGAAACACCAAACGCUGGAACUAGAGAAAGAGUUUCUGUUCAACAUGUACCUCACCCGGGACCGCAGGUACGAGGUGGCCCGACUGCUCAACCUCACCGAGAGGCAGGUCAAGAUCUGGUUCCAGAACCGCAGGAUGAAAAUGAAGAAAAUCAACAAGGACCGAGCAAAAGACGAGUGAUGCUUCAGGAGUUCGUUUAGAAAAGGGAGAAGGAGCUAGAGAAAGAGCAAGGACUGCCCAUUUCCUUCUCCCAUCCCCACCCCACCCUAGCCUCCACCACCCAGCACAAAGCGGCUCUAACCUCCAGGCCUCAUCUCCCCCUGGCAAACCCUGCUCAGGCUGCCUCUUUGGCCUGCCGCUUUGAUGGAGGAGGUAUUGUAAGCUUUCCAUUUUCUUAAAAUGAAUAAAGGGGGCAUUAGCGCUGAUGGUUGUGUGUGCUAGCUUGUAUAUAUUUAAAAAAAAAAAUCUACCUGUCCUGACUUAAAACAAACAAACAAAAAAAAAACUACCUUUUUAUAAUGCACAACUGUUGAUGGUGGGCUGUAUAGUUUUUAGUCUGUGUAGUUAAUUUAAUUUGCUCUUUGUGCAGCAGAGCGAUCUGCCCAGAUACUUGAACACUGUGUUUUAUUGUGGUAAUUAUGUUUUGUGACUCAAACUUCUGUGCUGGGUGACGCACCCGUUGUGAUUGUGAAAGCUAGGAUUCAAUUUGAACUCAGGUUGUUUAUGAGGGAGAAAAACAGUCGCAUAGAGUAUAGCUCUGUAGUGGAAUAUGUCUUCUGUAUAACUAGGCUGUUAACCUUUGGUUGUAAACUAGCUGUAAGGAUUUCCCAGUGAAAUUUAAAAAAAAAAAAAUUGAAAAGAAAGGGUUCUCCGGGAUGCAUAGGAUCAUGGUUUUUCUCCACGUUUGAAAUGUGGGCAUUUUAGUCUUUCCAUGCUUUAUAGGUCUAUCUUGUUCGUUGUAUAUAUAAUUCACAUGUUAAAGAAAAAGUAAUCAAACGAGCUUGAAUACUGGUUUUGCACCAGAAAAACAGUGAGGAAAUUCGGAGCUAUACACAUGUGCAGAAGGUUACUACCUAUGGUUUACGUUUAAUUUUAAUCGGGGAAAAUGAAUGCUUAUUGUAACGGAGUUAAUUUUAUUGAUAAUAAAUUAUACACUAUGAAACUGCCAUUGGGCUACUGUAGAUUUGUAUCCUUGAUGAAUCUGGGGUUUCCAUCGGGCUGAACAUACACUGUAUAUUUUGCAAUAGUUACCUCAAGGCCUACUGACCAAAUUGUGUUGAGAUAUUUAACUUUUUGCCAAAUAAAAUAUAUUGAUUCUUUUCUA